AUUUUAUAUUUGUGCCUUUUCUAUUUACGGCUUUGAUCCGCAAAUCCCAUGUCGAAUUUUUGCAUUUUUUCAUAUUCUAUAAAUUAUAUAUAUUUCUAAUCUUUUGUAAAUUUUAUGGAAUAUGUACGUAAUCCAUUUUCCAGUGUGUGAUAACUCCGAGAAACUCGACGAAAUUGAAUACUAUGUUGUAGUAUAAUUGUUCGCGUUUGCCAGGUUUUGUGGGAAAUUGGCUAGGGUUUAAGCAUUUUGGUGCUUGUUUAUUUAAUUUUUCACGAUAAAUCGGCUGGUUCACUCGCUCAAAGUUUAUUCAUCUGAGAUAUUCGUACCUCGGGUUAAAUUUAAUUUUCUUUCUGCGACAAUUUCAGGUGUUAGAUAAUUGUUUAAGAAUUGAUGUUUAUUGAUAUGAUUAUCGUUUGAGGAUCUAGGUUGGUGGGUUUUUCUGGACAUUAUCUAAGCUUAUAGCUCUAAGGUGCCCUUGUGCUUUGCUGGGUUCCAUUUGAUUCAACCGAGAUUUUUGGUACCGCAGUGGUAAUGCUGGCUUGAGUAUCUUUGUCGACAAGAAAACAAAAAAAAUGGCGAGGAGGAAGAAUUCUUUGGUUUUCAUGGACGUGUCUAUUGAUGGUGAUCCUGUUGAGAGAAUGGUUUUUGAGCUUUUCUUUGAUGUUGCUCCCAAGACUGCAGAGAAUUUUCGUGCACUAUGUACAGGAGAAAAGGGAAUUGGUCCUCGAAGUGGAAAACCAUUGCACUACAAGGGGUCUUUUUUUCAUCGCAUUGUAAAAGGUUAUGUUGCACAGGGUGGCGAUUUUGUCAAAAGAGAUGGGACUAGUGGUGAAAGCAUAUAUGGAGGAAAAUUUCCAGACGAGCUGCCUAGGCUAAAGCAUGAGGGACCUGGUCUUCUUUCCAUGCCUAUUGCUGAUCGUGACAUUUUGGGUUCUCAUUUCAUCAUUACCUUUGCAGCGAAUCAUAAUCUAGACAGAAAACAUGUAGUUUUUGGGAAGCUUGUUCAUGGACAUGAAGUAUUAAGAAAGAUUGAAAAUGCGGGUGAAGAAGAUGGAAGUCCAUCUGUAACAGUGAAAAUCAUCAAUUCUGGUGAAUAUGAUGAGGAUAAAAUGAAAACAAUCAAAUUGAAAACUGGAAAGGAUGCUUCUUCUGAUGCAAACAGUCAUGAAGCAAGACGGAAAGGGAAGCACAAAAAAUCAUCAAAAGAUAAAAGGAGAAAGCGAAGAAGAUACUAUUCAUCUGAGUCAGAGAGUUCUUCAGAUUCUGAAUUGGAAUCAUCAGACUCCGAUAGCGAUUCUGACUCAUCUGUAUCCUCAUCAUCUUAUGAUAGUUCUUCAAGUGAUGAGAGGCGUAGGAGAAGAAAGAGAUCUUCCAAAAGAGACAAAUACAGACGUGGAAAAAGAAAGGACAGACGGCGUGACAAAAAAUGCAGGCGGCGAGAUAAGAAAUCAAGGCGCAAAUCAAGAAGGGCUUCGAUUAGUCUUACAGAUUCUGAGAGUGAGAGCAAAAGUGAAAGUGGUUCUGAAGGUGAUGGUACUGCCAAAGUAAAGGAUCAGAAGCGCAAAAAGGACCCUUCUCAGAAAUCUGCUGAAAAUCAGUCUCCUUUGGAUUCGGAGAAAAAUGUUGCUCCAAUUCACAAUAGAAGGAAAGAGUCCAUUAUGCUUGAAACUGAUGGUGGAUCACCCAAGGAGAAUGGACAGCAGCGGAGCAACGGCAUUGAAGCAAGCUCUAAAUCUGAACGAAGUGCAGAUAGACAGCCUGACAUAGUUGAUGAUCACCCUGGCAAAUCUAGGAGCAGAAGCUUGAGUCCUAAAAGGACCAUGAGUAAGAGUAUGAGUAUUAGUCCCAGGAGGAGUCUGAGCAGGAGCCCAAGUCCAAGUCCAAAAAGGAGAAUGAGCAGAAGCUCGAGUAUUAGUAGAAGUCCUCCUCAUGCCCCUCAAAGGAGCCGAAGUUUCACAAGAAGUCCUGUUAGAACUGACAGCAGUAGAAGUCCAGCCAGUAGUGUCAGCAGAAGUCCAGUGAGGGGCCAGAGGGGUCGAAGUAUCGGUCAGAGCCCAGUGAGAACCUGGUCCCAGAGAAGCAUUAGCAGGAGCCGUGAAAGAUCCUUACCUAGAAGAAGACCAAGCAGGAGCCCAAGAAAGUUAUCACGUAGGUCAAUAAGCCCUGUUAGAGUUUCAAGUAGAAGCAAAAGCCCUGUUAGAUUUUCUCGAAGAAGUGAAAGCAGAAACUUAAGUAGGGACCCUCCAAGGCGAAGCGUUAGCCCAAGUCCAAAAGGAGAACCAAACAGGAAUAGUCGCCGUGGCUAUUCAAGAAGUCCUAGUCCUGUUCGUAGGGGGAGGUCACCUUCUGAUCGAGGAAGAAGUGUGUCAAGAAGUGUUUCCCCAGAUGGUUCACCAAAGCGCAUUAGAAGGGGACGGGGUUUCAGUCAGCGGUACUCUUAUGCACGCCGAUACAGAACCCCUUCACCGUCUCCUGUUAGGUCUUAUCGUUAUGGUGGCCGGAGUGAGCGUGACAGGUAUUCUAGUUACAGAAGGUACUCUCCUAGGCGCUAUAGAAGCCCUCCAAGAGGAAGAACACCUCCAAGAUACAGAAGCAGAAGAAGCAGGAUGUCCUCUGUUUCACUCAGUCCUCGCUACCGCAGCCGUCGGUAUAGCCGCAGUCGGAGCCCAAUUCGUAGCCGUAGCCCUAUUCGUGGCAGGAGCCCCAUUCACAGCCGGAGCCGUUCUCCAGUGGAUAUUUCUAGAUCUUGCGAUUCUCCCAGAGCUGAGGGGCGGAGAUCUCCUUCUAGGAGCAGAAGCCCAUCGGAGUCGAGGUCCUCCCUGGACUCCCAAUCUCCCAAGCGGACACACAGAAACAGGUCGACAUCAUCAUCAGGAAGCCCACCUGUGAAGAAGGGCCUGGUUUCAUAUGGGGAUGGGUCUCCAGAUUCUAGCCAAAGGUGAAACUGUUGUAGCAGUAUUGGCGUCUCUGUCUUAAUUAGGUGAAGAGGAGGGGGAUUGGAUGUUGGUUAUUGGACUUCAAUUACUCCAUCUGUUGUUGCUAGAGCUUUAUGAUCAGUAGUUUUUCUACUCAUCAGACUUAGUUUUAGAUUUAAUAAUUUUAGAUGGUUUAAUGUUGAGAAAUGAAUACCUAUUUUUUACGAGGCAUUUGGAUUCUAGUUAUUCGGUUUUGGUUGCAGGUGAUGCUGGUUGAUGUACCAAUGAUGAUUAUGAAUUUGGAGUUUGUGCUAGAGAGAAUUUAAACACAGUUGAUGAAAUGUGUUGGUGGUACCUGGAAUUGAACAUUUAUGAGAAAAUAGGAAUCAGUGCACUGUUUAGUGGCAGUUUGUCUUCA